AAAGGGAAAGGAAACAGAAAAGCAGGCUGCCCAAAUAAAAGCAGAGGGUCCAGGGCAGGCUGCAGUCGGAGUCCAGUGGGCACCAUGAGGAGAGCUGGAGAGCCAGUGGAUCUUUUCCUGCUCUGCCUGAUGAUCACAAUGUGUCGAGGGGCACAGGAGUCCUCCUGCCCAGAAUUUAAGGAGCUGGGCCUGGAUGGCAACGAGACAGUACUCAUUGUGCGGGGGACUCCAGGCUUGCCAGGACCACAGGGGCCCCGGGGGCCUCCUGGCGCUCCAGGGGCCAAAGGUGAAAGAGGCUUCCAGGGGAUCCCAGGGGAAAUUGGAGCCCCUGGGCCAAAAGGAGAAAAAGGGGACACAGGAGAACCUGGAGAGAGAGGCCCCAAAGGCAACCCAGGAGAAAUUGAUGAGAAGAGGCUGCAGGCACUUCAGUGCAAGCGAGGUGCUCAAAAUUGCAAAGAGCUCUUGAAAAAGGGGGUGGUCCUGAGCGGCUGGUACACCAUCUGCCCCCAAGGCUGCCAGCCCCUGGAGGUGCUGUGCGACAUGGACACCGAUGGAGGCGGAUGGAUUGUCUUCCAAAGACGGUCGGACGGCUCCGUGGACUUUUUCCGGGACUGGGCUGCCUACAAGAAGGGAUUUGGAAGCCAGCUGACCGAAUUCUGGCUGGGGAACGACCACCUGCACCGCUUGACCUCGCUGGGAAAUAACGAAUUGCGUAUUGACUUAACUGAUUUCGACAAUGAGCAGUCCUUCGCCAAAUAUGCGUCCUUCCAGGUGGCGGCAGAAUCCGACUGGUAUCGGCUAACUCUGGGCGCCUUCACGGGGGGCCCUGCAGGUAACUCGCUUUCCUACCACAACAACAUGACCUUCUCCACCCGAGAUAAGCGGCAGGACCCCCAAAAGUUCAACUGCGCCGAGAAGUACAAAGGGGCCUGGUGGUAUAAAGACUGCCACGUCUCCAACCUCAACGGGCGAUACUGGCUGGGCGAACACAAAUCUCGUGGGGAUGGCAUCAACUGGCAAAGGGGGAGAGGCCACUACUACUCCUACAAGCGUUCAGAAAUGAAAAUCAGGCCCGUGGCUUAGGCGGCUCCUUCAGCCGACGGGGCUUUCCUUCCGAGGGGUACCAAAGGACAUCUAGUCCACCCCCUCUGCUUUUGAUUUGCUACCCUCCAUGGCAUCGGACCUGGUUAUCUCCGAGACCGCCU